AUGCCUGAACCGGCUAAGUCUGCUCCUGCCCCUAAAAAGGGCUCUAAAAAAGCUGUGACCAAGGCCCAGAAGAAGGAUGGCAAGAAGCGCAAGCGCAGCUGCAAGGAGGGCUACUCCGUGUACGUGUACAAGGUGCUGAAGCAAGUCCAUCUGGACACCGGCAUCUCGUCCAAGGCCAUGGAAAUCAUGAACUCCUUCGUCAACAUUUUCGAGCCCAUCGCUGGCGAGGCAUCGCGCCUGGUGCAUUACAACAAGCGCUCGACUAUCAUAUCUAGGGAGAUCCAGACCGCUACUGAGCUUUCCUUCUAA